AUGACGGGUAACGAGGAGAUGUUUAAGCUCUCAUCCAUGGAUCCUACACAUGCCGCUUUGGUGAAUAAAUUCUGGCAUUUUGGUGGCAAUAAGAGGAGCCAGAGAUUCAUCGAGCGCUGUAUCCAGGCCUUCCUCACCUUCUGCCUGCUGGGGCCCGAGGGGACCCCUGCGUCCUGGUCCCUGAUGGACCAGACGGGAGAGAUCCGGAUGGGGCCCACCCUGCCCGAGUACUGGGGCCACGGGCUCAUCUCCCACAUGCUGGCUGUCCACACCCGGGCUCUGGACCAGCUCGGCGUCCCUGCGUAUAACCACACAGACAAAGCCAACAAAAUCACAUGGAGAAUCAGUGACAACCUGCGUCACAUCGCCAUCCCCCGUGGUUGGAACCAAUGGAACCGCGUGCCCCUGUGAAGCGGGCCCCCACCCGAGACAGUGCUGGGCGUGCUGGACACGUGGCCAGAGAGGCAGAGCGCUGGGCGGAAAGGAAGACUGAACCGUCAUCAGAGGAGGAGCUAAGAUGGCAGAGGAAUAGGACAGGGAGACCACUUUCUCCCCUACAAAUUCAUCAA